CAAAGCCAUCAAAUGCGAAGGUUUUGUUUUGUUUUACGGAAAGCGGCAUUGUUGUUUUUUUAAGCUAAAUACAACCGUUCACCAAUAUGUAUGAAUGUUGCAUUUGACGUAGAAUCGACAAAACGGGCUAAAAUCACCAUGAUGAGUGUGUCCCCGCUUAGUCCCCACAAUGCCACCACUCAGCUGACAACAUUCAAGAGCUAUGUGGCCCUCAUAUCUGAUCCAACACCUGGAAUUGCUGAGAAGAAGCUAAAAGCAGCCCAGGAACUGAGUGAAAAUUUUGAGACGGUGGUGUCCUCGCCCCAGUACCCCCAGUUCCUGGCGGAUGCUGUGAGAGUGUUCAUGCAGAUACUGGAGGACGGGGAGCCCCAGUUCAUCGCUGACCAGAACAUGCAGCAACUGCGGAAGCUGCUACUGGAGAUAAUUCACCGUAUCCCUAGCAACGAGCACCUGAAGAAAUAUGUGCAGCAGAUCCUCUCGCUCAUGUUCAAACUCAUCAAGAUAGAGAAUGAGGAGAAUGUGCUUGUAUGUCUCAAGAUCAUCAUAGAGCUCCAUAAGCAAUACCGACCACAGAUGAAUGAUGAGAUCCAAGACUUCCUCAAGUUUGUGAACCAGAUCUACACCAACCUGCCGAAGCAUCUCAGUAAGAUCUUUGAACCUCGUUCCCAGACGAAGGUGAAGGACAUAGCAGAGAUCAAUGUGGACGCCCUGCUACAAGAGACAUACACCGUUACCACCAUCAUCACCGACAAGAAGAAUCCCGAGAACCAGAGCGUAUCAUACAAUAUCAUCCCCCGUGGCGUGCUGUCCCUAAAAGUGCUGGCAGAGCUGCCAAUCAUUGUGGUGCUCAUGUACCAGCUGUAUAAGCCCAGUGUACACCAGGAGGUGGCCAACUUCAUACCCCUCAUCAUGAACACCAUCACCCUGCAGCCUCAGGCACAACACAGAGCCCACCCUGCGUUCAACAAGGAGGUGUUUGUAGACUUUGUGGCUGCCCAGAUCAAGACCCUCUCCUUUCUGGCCUACAUUGUCAGAAUAUUUCAGGAGCAAGUGCAGCAGCACUCUGCAGCCAUGGUGCAGGGCCACCUCUCCCUGCUGUCCCUGUGUCCCCAGGAGGUGGCACAUCUGAGAAAGGAGCUGCUCAUAGCAGCCAAACAUAUCCUGGCAACCGACCUACGUAACAAGUUUGUGCCGGUGAUUGACAAGCUGUUUGAUGAGACCGUACUCGUUGGGACUGGCUGGACUACGUAUGAAUCUCUCAGGCCCCUGGCCUACAGCACCCUGGCUGACCUGGUCCACCACGUGAGGCAGCAGCUGCCGAUGGCCGAGCUGUCGCGGGCUGUGAGUCUGUUCUCCAAGAAUGUUCAUGAUGAGUCUCUGCUGAGCAGCAUCCAGACCAUGUCCUGCAAACUGCUGCUCAACCUCGUGGACUGCAUACGACAGAAGAGUGAGCAGGAGAAUGGAAAUGGGCGGGAGCUGCUAAUGCGCAUGCUGGAGGUGUUUGUACUCAAGUUCAAGACUAUCGCCAAGAUACAGCUGCCACAGAUACUGGCCAAAUGUCAGAAGCAGGUGGGUCAGGCAGGCAGUGAGGUGGGUGUGUCCCCCCUGCCUGGGAGGGUGGGGGAGCCCAAGGCCUCUACCCCGCCCCUCACCGCCCCGCCCCCUCUCCCGGCCACACCCACCAUCCCAGACACCCCCUGUAUAGCGGACAUGAAGCCUCCCCUGGGCAGUGUGUCAGCAGACAUCAAGGAGACCAGCUCCUCCAAGGAGGACAAGCCUCCACACCGGUUUGGUGUGACACCCAGCCAAUAUAACACAUACUCAGUGGCCGACUGCCGGGGACUGGUGAAGACCCUGGUGUGCGGGGUGAAGACAAUCACAUGGGGUAUUGUCUCCUGCAAGGCAAUUGGGCCAGAGUUGAAGGACACGAGCCUGGUCCAGAACAAGCAGUUCCUGCCCCAGGAGACCCUGGUGUACGUGCGCCUGGUCAAAUACGCCCUGCAGGCCCUCGACAUCUACACCAUCAACGUGUCUCCCAGUGGUCAGGCUGUCGUCAGGCCAGCAGUAGUGCAGACCGUUAGAACGAAGGAGGAGAAGGAGGUGUUGGAACACUUUGCUGGUGUGUUCACGAUGAUGAGUCCAUUCACGUUCAAGGAGAUCUUUGCCACGACCAUAGAGUUCAUGGUGGAUCGUAUCCACAACAACUACGCCCUGCAGAUUGUGGCCAACACGUUCCUCGCUAACCCCACCACCUCUGCCACGUUUGCCACGAUACUGGUGGAGUACCUGCUGGCUAGACUCGAGGAGAUGGGAAGUAACAUGGAUAGAAGCAACCUGUACCUGAAGCUGUUCAAGCUGGUCUUUGGUUCAGUGUCGCUGUUUGCAGCUGAGAAUGAACAGAUGCUCAAGCCCCACCUGCACACCAUAGUGAACCGCUCUAUGGAGCUGGCUAUGAGCGCUAAGGAGCCGUACAACUACUUCCUGCUGCUGCGGGCGCUGUUCCGCUCCAUUGGCAGCGGCGGCCAUGAUCUGCUGUACCAGGAGUUCCUCCCCCUGCUACCCAACCUUCUACAGGGUCUGAACAGCCUACAGAGCGGCCUGCACCGCCAGCACAUGAAGGACCUGUUUGUGGAGCUGUGUCUCACUGUGCCUGUGCGCCUCAGCUCCCUCCUGCCAUACCUACCCAUGCUGAUGGACCCCCUGGUGUCAGCACUCAAUGGAUCACAGACACUUGUCAGUCAGGGAUUGCGGACCCUGGAGCUGUGCGUGGACAACCUGCAGCCAGACUUCCUGUACGACCACAUCCAGCCUGUGCGCGCGGAGCUGAUGCAGGCACUCUGGAGGACCCUGAGGAACCCUGUGGACAAUAUUGCGCACGUCGCCUUCAGGGUACUGGGGAAGUUUGGAGGGGGCAACAGGAAGAUGUUACGGGAACCACAGACGCUGCAGUACAAUGACAAGGAGACAGUUGGCCCAUGCAUCUCCAUCUACUUUCAAGACUGCAAGCAGCCCGUGUCCCUGCCCGUGGAGCGAGCCAUUGACUCUGCCCUGGCGGCCCUCAAGUCCAGCACGACCGACACGUACUAUCGCAAGCAGGCCUGGGAGCUCAUACGCUGCUUCCUAGUGUCCGUGAUGAACCUGGAGGAUGAGAAGUCUACGCUGGACAACCUCUUCACUCACCCCAGUUUCACCGAGGGUGAGAUCCCAGUUGGUGGCCAGCUGUACAAGAACCCAGAUGCACACUCUAGGAAAGUGCAUGAGCAGGCACUCAUUGGCAUGUUUGUUGCCGCAGCGAUCAAGGAGCUACGCCAGAAUGCCCUGCGGUUCAUGGGGUGUAUGGUGCGACACUACACGAUGAUCGCCAUCUCGCAGCAGUGUGGGCCCUUCCCAGUGGGCGAGAGACAGAAUAAACUGCAGGGAAUGGACACCCAGAUCCUGAUAGACGCUCUAGCUGUGAUCAUGGGCCAUGAGGAGAAGGAGCUAUGUAAGCCUGGCAACCUGGCCCUGGUCCUCAUAUUGGAGACAGCCACCAGCAUACUGGGAUCUAAGGAACGGGCAUGCCAGUUGCCAAUGUUUGAGUAUCUUGUUGAGAAGAUGUGUUCCCUGUGUUAUGACAGAGCCUGGUACGCUAAGUGUGGAGGGUGUGUGGCCAUCAAGUCCCUGACAGAGCGUAUGGCCCUAAAGUGGGUGCUGGAGCAUCAGUUCCUCUUCCUCAAGGCCCUCUUCUUCGUGAUGAUGGAUCUCACGGGGGAGGUGUCCAGUGGUGCGGUGGACCUGGCGCGGGCUAACCUGGACAUCCUGCUGACUAUGUGCGCAGGCCGCCUCGAGGGGGAGCAGGCUACAGAGGAGAUGCUGGCGGUGCAGACGAAGUCCUUCCAUGACAUCACGUAUGAGCUGGUCCGGCAGGUCACCUCACCCAACACCACAGUCAGGGAGACGGCCAUGAAGUCCCUGGAGACCCUGGCCGGGGUGGCAGGUAAGACUGUGGCAGCCAUCAUGGAGCCACAUAAAGAGGUUCUACAAGACAUGAUACCGCCCAAGAAACAUCUGCUCAGACACCAGCCUGCUAACGCUCAGAUAGGACUCAUGGAUGGCAACACUUUCUGUACCACACUGAACCCACGCCUGUUCACCAUCGACCUGACUAUCACAGAACACAAUGUCUACUUCUCAGAGUUACAGAACCUGUGUGAUGCGGAGGACUCUGUGCUGCUCAAGCUGCCCUGCUACAAGUCUGUUACCAACCUGAUGCCUCUACGAAAGAGUGCCCUACGUGCGCUGGCUGCCUGCUCAUACAUCCCUGGUAAGCGAGAGAAGAUCUUCCAAGUGUUGUACAAGGCCCUCAACAGCAAGAGUAGUGACCUGCAAGAGGUGGCACAUGAGUGCAUGAAGAGUUUCCAGCAGUUCAUUGCCAAUGGGCAGAUAGAGAUGGAGAUUGUCCACAGCGCCAUGCGGCCCCUGCUACUGAUGUUGGGUGACUACCGCAACCUUGACCUCAAUGUGAUCCAGCGUCUCUCCAGUCUCACACAGCUCUUCCCAAACACAUUCAAUGAGAAACUUUGUGAACAGCUACUGACCCACCUGAAGAAGUGGCUGGAGAUUGCCGGUAACAGUCAGAAGACUGGACAGGUGCGAACCACAGGACAGGAGCUUAAGAUCUGUGCGGCAAUCAUCAACAUCUUCCACCUGAUCCCUGCUGCCAGCAAGAAGAUGAUAGAGCCCCUUGUCAAGGUCACGCUGCAGGGGGAGAAAACUCUGCUGCUUGAGCCUGGCAGCCCAUUCCGAGAGCCCCUGGGGAAGUUCCUGGUGCGAUACCCAGUCCAGACAGUGGAGUUCCUGCUGAGUGACACAAACAUACGUGACAUGCAGUACCUGAGAUACUUUGUGUACCUGUUGAGUCACAGUGAGGGUCAGGCAUUCAGGGAUGUACUGAAAAUGCAGGUCAUGAAGCUUGUCUCCAUGAUGACAGCAACAGCUCAGGUGCCCCCCCAGGUGACCUUGACCAUCCAGCAGCAGGUGCCUGUACCCGCGGCCCCUACCAGCGGUGAUCUGGUGUACCAGGCCAUAGUGCUGACCCACACCCUGGUCAGACUGGAGGAAGAGUGGCUCUCCAACCACCCACAGCUGAUGAGCUGCCUGAGGAAGCUGUGGGUGUCAGAAGAGUUCCAGGCAGACAAGUCGGUACAGGAGAUCUCAGAUUACACUCAGUGGAAGGUGCUCUCCCUUGUGGCCAAGUGUCUCCUCAACUACUUCAGACACAACACUGGUGAGAUAGAGCUGCUGUUCGACCUUCUGCGCUGUUUCACGACCCGCCACGUCUCUCAGUACCAGUUUGUCAAAGAUUUCCUCGACAACACAGUUGCAGUGAGCUACACCGUGGAGUGGAAGAGGAAGGCGUUCUUCAAGUAUGUGGAGAUCUUCCACGACCCAGCCUGGCCACAGACACUGAAAGCUAAGAUAAUCCAGUAUGUAUUGCUGCCCUGUUACCACCACUCCCUGGAGGGACCGGACGCAGAGCGGCUGAUUGGCGGUCCCGCCCAACCUGACCUUGACAAUCCAGAGAACAUUGUGAGCGUUUUCAUAAACAAGGUCAUUGACCCGGAGAACCCGUUUGGCAACUCAGACGCUGUGCGCAUCCUGCUGCUCCAGUUCUCCUCACUGCUGGUUGAGCAGGCAGCACCCCACGUACAUGAUGCAGCCAACAAAAAGCAAGGCAACAAGCUGCGCAGGCUGAUGACAUUUGCCUGGCCAUGCCUACUCAUGAAGAACUGCAUCGACCCGGCGACCAAGUACCAUGGGCACCUGCUGCUGUCACAUAUCAUCGCCAAGUUUGCCAUCCACAAGCGUAUCGUGCUGCAGGUGUUCCACUCCCUGCUCAAGGCCCACGCCCUGGAGGCUCGCGCUGUUGUCAAGCAGGCCCUGGAGAUACUCACACCUGCGAUGCCUGGCAGGAUGGAGGACGGGAAUGGCAUGCUGACCCACUGGACCAAGAAGAUCAUAGUUGAGGACGGCCAUGCCGUGGCCCAGCUGGUUCACAUCCUGCAGCUCGUGGUGCGCCAUUACAAGGUCUACUACCCUGUCAGGCACCAUCUUAUACAGCACAUGGUCAACUCACUGCAGAGGCUCGGAUUCACACAGAAUGCCACAGUAGAGCACAGGAAGCUGGCGGUGGACUUGGCAGAGGUGAUCAUCAAGUGGGAGAUACAGCGUAUCAAAGAGGACUCAGAUACUGCGGGCACCUCCACACCUGCUGAGAUUGUCAGUGAGACAGGUCAGGUGAAGAGGGCCGGGUCAGUCGAGCCAGUGGGUGAUGUGAAGAAGCCCAGGUACCUGUCAGGCUCUGUAGGGAGCCCCGAGCCCCAGCCCAGGUCACCUGAGAGCAGUAAGCCCAUAGAGAAACAGUACUGUGACGCUGUUGUGAACUUCUUGCUCAGGAUAGCUUGUCAGGUGAGUGAGGUUGCUGGUUCACCAGGGGAGGUGCUGUCUAGGCGCUGUGUCACCCAGCUCAAGAACGCCCUGCGCCCAGAUGUGUGGCCCAACACGGAGCUCAAGCUGGCCUGGUUUGACAAGCUGCUCAACACGGUUGAGAGCCAGCAGCCCAACUUCAACAACAUCUGCACAGCCCUGGAGCUUCUCUGCUUCCUACUCACCAUACUGAAGCGAGAGCAGAUCCUGGCCAGUUUCAAGCCUCUGCAGCGUGGCAUAGCGGCCUGUAUGAACUGCCCCAACAUGAAGGUGAUCCGUGGUGUGCACAGCCUGCUGUCUCGCCUCAUGUCCUUCUUCCCCACUGAGCCCCUCAACUCCAGUGUGGCCUCCAAGUAUGAGGAGCUAGAGUGUCUGUACGCCUGCGUCAGCAAGGUCGUCUAUGAGGGACUCACCAACUAUGACAAGGCGACCAAUGGCUCCAGUAGUCAGCUGUUCAGCACGCUGAUGAUCCUUAAGGCAGCCUGCAUGCACAAUCAGUGCUACAUUGACAGGCUGAUCACCGUGUUCAUGAAAGUGCUCACCAAGAUGGUCCGGGAGCACCUGCAGCCUGCCACCACCACCGAGACAAGCCCAGUUGCCAGUGAGUUGCUGAUCAUUUCCCUAGACCUGGUGAAGAACCGUGUAGUGGUCAUGUCGAUGGAGAUGAGAAAGUCGUUCAUUGGUCAGAUCCUCGUGGGCCUCAUAGAGAAGACACCUGACAGCAAGGUCAUGAAGGCCAUCACCAAGAUGGUGGAAGACUGGGUCAAAACUAAGGGGACAAUAGCACUGAACCAGUCCCCUUCAAUCCGAGAGAAGGCUAUUCUGCUAGUGAAGCUCAUGGUGCACAUUGAGAAAAGGUUCAGUGAAGACCUGGAGCUCAAUGCUCAGUUCCUGGAGCUCGUCAUCUACAUCUACAGGGAUGAGGCCCUCAGUGGUACAGAGCUGACCUCCAAGCUGGAGCAGGCAUUCCUGGGGGGCCUACGCUGCAGCCAACCCGCCAUCAGACACAAGUUUGUGGAGGUCUUCAACGCCAGCAUCCCUCGCCGCGUCUUUGACAGGCUGCUCUACAUCACCUGCUCACAGAACUGGGAGGCCAUGGGGGCUCACUUCUGGAUCAAACAGUGUAUCGAGCUGUUGAUGUCGGUGGCAGUGACCGGCCACCCGAUCCAGUCCUGCUCCAGUCUCAACCUGCUGCCCUCGGCCUCCAGUGUGGUGAGCCUGGCUGACGUGUCAGAGCGCGCCCAGUUUGCCAACAUGACGAGGAUGAAGGAAGAACCCAUGGAUGUGGAGGCCAUCGACCACAACAAGGAGGAUGAGGAGAUUGACAUAGAGUUGAGUGUGGGCUCAGAAGAGACCCCGGGGGUGAAGGAGUCCCCUAAGAAGGAGUGCCAGGACCCCAAACAGAACCUGGUCAUCCUGCUGCAGAGGCAGGCCAAGUUUCUGGAAAACUGCAGAGAGGUCAAGACAUUCCAGUUCUUGAACUCUCUGAGUCAACUGUGCCACAGCUGCACCGACCUGAGUCACAUCACGUGGCUGGCUUUGUUCCCUCGCAUAUGGAAGGUCCUGUCUGAGAAACAGCAGCAGAUGCUGAGUGCUGAGCUGGUGCCCUUCCUGUGCAGUGGUUGCCACGUGAUCCAGAAAGACUGCCAUCCGAGUGCUAUCCACACUUUCACAGAAAGUCUGGCCUUGUGUGUGCCCCCUGUACCAGUCAGACCUACCAUACUUAAGUACCUGGGUCGUACCCACAACCUUUGGUACCGGUCCUGUCUCCUACUGGAGCAAACCGACAGUGCUGGGUCCCAGCCCCUAGUGAAGAGCCACUCCUCCAGCGAGUAUGAGUUUGAACCCACCACCAGUCCUCUACAAGAAACUUUGGAUGCUCUGUGUGACCUGUACUCGCUGCUGAAGGAAGAUGACAUGUGGGCGGGGCUGUGGCAGAAGCGCGCCAAGUUCUCUGAGACCACCACUGCCAUCGCCUAUGAGCAGCAUGGCUUCUUUGAGCAGGCACAGGGGGCAUAUGAAGCAGCGAUGUCGAAGGCUCGUGUGGACCACAAUGCUGGCCCAGCAAACCCCAGUAUUGUACCUGAGUACAGGCUGUGGGAGGACCACUGGAUCAGGUGUUCAAAGGAGCUGAACCAGUGGGACCACCUGCUAGAGUACGCCAACUCCAAGGGCAACACGAACCCCCACCUGGUGCUGGAGAGUGCCUGGCGUGUGCCCAACUGGGCCCUCAUGAAGGACGCACUCUCACAGGUGGAGCUGAGCUGUCCCAAGGAGAUGGCCUGGAAGGUGAACCUGUACCGCGGCUACAUCGCAAUAUGUCACCCGGACGAGCACCACCUUAACAUGAUAGAGCGCCUUGUCGAGCUGUCCAGUAACCUGGCCAUCAAGGAAUGGAGACGCUUGCCACACAUUGUCACACACAUACAUGUGCCACUACUACAGGCGGCCCAGCAGAUCAUGGAGCUCCAGGAGGCCGCACAAAUCAACCUGGGCCUCCAGCCUGCCAACAUCACCCGUAGCAACAGCCUGCACGACAUGAAGGCAAUAGUGAAGACAUGGAGGAAUCGUCUGCCGAUGAUCUCUGAUGAUCUGUCCCACUGGAGCGACAUCUUCACCUGGCGUCAGCACCACUACCAGUUCAUAGUGAACCACUAUGAUCCAAGUACUACACAGGACCAGCAGCAGUCUCAGAACCACUCCAUGCUGGGUGUGCACGCCUCCGCGCAGGCUAUCAUCCACUUUGGCAAGAUAGCCAGGAAGCACAGCCUGUCUGGUGUCUGUCUGGACUCUCUCAGCAGGAUCCACACAAUCCCCAGUGUGCCGAUUGUUGACUGCUUCCAGAAGAUACGUCAGCAGGUGAAGUGUUACCUGCAGAUGGCUGGAGCCGUGGGAAAACCUGAGCUCAAUGAGGGUCUCGAGGUGAUAGAGUCAACCAACCUGAAGUACUUCACGAAGGAGAUGACGGCCGAGUUCUACGCGCUCAAGGGGAUGUUUCUGGCGCAGACCGGGCGCUCGGAGGACGCGAACAAGUCCUUCUCGGCUGCCGUUCAGAUGCAUGACACCCUGGUGAAGGCCUGGGCCCUGUGGGGAGACUACCUGGAGACUGUCUUCACCAAGGACAAGCAGAUGCACGUGGGCGUGUCGGCCAUCACGUGUUUCCUGCACGCAUGCCGCCACCAGAACGAGAGCAAGUCCCGCAAGUACCUGGCCAAGGUGCUCUGGCUGCUCACGUAUGAUGAUGAGACGUCCAAGCUGGCGGAGGCUGUAGACAAGUACUGCGUCGGGGUGCCUCCACUCCAAUGGUUACCAUGGAUCCCUCAGCUGUUGACCUGCCUGGUACGUAACGAGGGUCGUCUCAUCAUGAACCUCCUGGGCCAGGUGGGUCGCAUGUUCCCCCAGGCUGUCUACUUCCCCAUCCGCACUCUCUACCUCACCCUGAAGAUAGAGCAGCGAGAGAGAUGUACGUCCGACAAGACUGGGGAGGCCACAGCACCCCAGAGCAAGAGUCCUCAGGUCUCCACUGCUACCAGCGCCUCCAGUCUCAUGCUGUCCCAGGCCAACCCUGGCCUCACCACACCCACCACCCCGGAGCCAACCAUCACACCAUCCGAUCUGAAUGGGGGGACAGUUCCACCAACCACGUCAGCCUCCACUCCAGGCAGCAGUAACACUGCUGCAGUAGGGGGUCGCUCAUCGGGCCAGUCGGAGGCGGGUCCCAUCCGUGCACCAGCGCCGAUGUGGCGGUGCAGCCGUAUCAUGCACAUCCAGCGCGAGCUGCACCCGACCAUCCUAUCCAGCCUGGAGGGCAUUGUGGACCAGAUGGUCUGGUUCAGAGAGAACUGGUAUGAGGAGGUGCUGAGACAGCUCAGACAGGGCCUUGCCAAGUGCUACGCUGUGGCCUUCGAGAACAGGGCCAACGUUGCUGAUGCUACCAUCACACCUCACACGCUGAACUUUGUCAAGAAGCUGGUUAGCACGUUUGGUGUGGGCAUAGAGAAUGUCUCCAACGUUGUGACAACGUUCUCCAGCGCAGCCUCUGAGUCACUGGCCAGGCGCGCGCAGGCUACUGCCCAGGACCCCAUCUUCCAGAAGAUGAAGAGCCAGUUCACCACGGACUUUGACUUCAAUGUGCCAGGCUCCAUGAAGCUGCACAACUUGAUCAACAAACUCAAGAAGUGGAUCAAGAUACUGGAGGCCAAGACAAAACUCCUGCCCAAGUCGUUCCUGAUAGAGGAGAAGUGUCGGUUCCUGUCCAACUUCUCCCAGAGCACGGCCGAGGUAGAGCUGCCCGGCGAGUUCCUGCUACCCAAGCACAUCAAUUACUAUGUGAGGAUUGCCCGCUUCAUGCCUCGUGUGGAGAUUGUACAGAAACACAGCACUGCUGCCCGUAGACUGUACAUCCGGGGACACAAUGGCAAGAUCUACCCGUACCUGGUGGUGAAUGAUGCCUGCCUAACAGAGUCGCGGAGGGAGGAGCGUGUCCUGCAGUUGCUGCGUAUGCUCAACCACUUCCUCACCAAACAGAAGGAGACGUCUCGCCGCAUGCUGUACUUCACUGUGCCCCGUGUGGUGGCCGUGUCUCCCCAGAUGAGACUGGUAGAGGACAACCCAGCCUCUGUGUCCCUGCUUGAUGUCUACAGACAGCGGUGCUGCAAGCGAGGUAUUGAGCCUGACUCCCCAAUUGCCCGCUACUAUGAGCGACUGCUGACGGUUCAGGCGCGGGGGUCGGCAGCGAGCCACCAGGUGUUGAGGGACGUGUUGAAGGAGGUUCAGAACAACAUGGUUCCACGCGGGCUUCUCAAAGAGUGGGCCCUGCACACCUUCCUGGACGCCACAGACUACUGGAUCUACAGGAAAACAUUCACGGUCCAGCUGGCACUGAUGGGGUUUGCAGAGUUUGUACUGCACCUCAGUCGUAUGGACCCUGACAUGCUGUACCUGCACCAGGACUGUGGGUACCUCAACAUCGCCUACUUCAAGUUUGACAUUGAUGACCAGUCAGGUGACCUAGAUGCUAACCGCCCUGUGCCAUUCCGCUUGACCCCUAACAUCGCUGAGUUUGUGACCUCUACCGGUGUAACAGGGCCCCUGACGGCAGCAAUGGUGGCCACAGCACGGUGCCUCGUGCAGCCACAGUACAAGCUGCCCAGCUUCCUGAGAGCCAUACUGCGGGACGAGUACAUCACAUGGCAUAAAAAGAAGCAGGAGGAGGUGACCCCAGGUACAGAGCCCAGUGAAAUGGAAGGAGAGCAGCUCAUCACCAUGGUGACCAAGGCUGUCACUGCCAUCACCAACAGACUACACAACCUCGCCACAUUCGAGGGUGCGGAGAGCAAAGUGAACACCCUUGUGGCAGCGGCGAACAGUCAUGACAACCUGUGUCGUAUGGAUCCGGCAUGGCAUCCAUGGCUGUAGCCAUGACAACCUAUGUCGUAUGGACCCGGCAUGGCACCCAUGGCUGUAGCCAUGACAACCUGUGUCGUAUGGACCCGGCAUGGCACCCAUGGCUGUAGCCAUGACAACCUGUGUCGUAUGGACCCGGCAUGGCAUACAUGGCUGUAGCCAUGACAACCUGUGUCGUAUGGACCCGGCAUGGCAUCCAUGGCUGUAGCCAUGACAACCUGUGUCGUAUGGACCCGACAUGGAACCCAUGGCUGUAACCAGGGGAUUGGUUCUCCUGGCUUGCCACAGAAAUCAGUGAUAAUAAGGCGGCUACUCAUUCAAGACCUAGGCUUGGCAUUAAACCAUUUAAGUUACGUUAACUGUUCAAGUGUUUAAUAUUGUUACAGUGUGUGACGACUUUAAAAGUUAAGAUGUGAAGAUCCAAGUGUUGAGUGUGUUUUUCGUGCACAAUGUCAUACGGCUAGGUAAACAGAAUAUGCAUGUAACUUGUACCGGUAUUGAGUGUCUGUGUGCAUGUGUUCGGAUCGGAAAUUUCAUGGGAAGUGCAACUGUACCUAGUUGGCUAGUACCCUAGAAGACUUCUUUGUAGUGUAUUGUUAGAUCUGAUCAUGCGCUUAUCGUUGUUUUGACUGUUCACUGAUGGCUUGAUUGUUUCGUUUUAAACUGUUUUGCAUGUUGUUCACGAGCUUAGCUGGACAACAACUGGUAGCAAAACCCAUGUGGACAACCUGCUUUGUCUCCAGUGUUGUCCUUGUGUUGUGAUAUGCCUGAUAACAAAACGUAUUGUGGAUAUCUAUCUGUUUGAAUUUUCAAAAUCGUGUGUAACUUAAAAAAAUCAUUUGUAUAUUACAAAAUAAAUAGAACAAAUAGUUA